AUGAAAGAAGAUGCUUCCAAUAAACCAAAAGACCAAGUUAGGAGUUCAGGAAUGCAGUGGUCAUUCUCAAAUAAGGUUUCAAACCUUCCUCAAUUCUUGUCCUUCAAGAACACUCAUGAUGAUAGGUCAAGAAACAUUGUUAUGGAUCCAAUAGCUUCUUUUGAAUCUAACAAUAAAUCAUUCUUGAGUGUCACACAGGAAAAUGUUACCAUAGGAAAUAAGCAUGGAGUUUAUCCUAUGCAAUGUUCUGAUUCACAAACAAUUUGCAAUCAAGAAUCAAGAAUAUUUUCAGUACCAAACCAAUCUAAUAAUCAAAUGUCUUCUGUUCUUCCAACAAAUCUUGCUACUACUGGAAUUAACAUGGUUAAUUCGGUUACAAGAUCGCAAUCUUUCGGUUCUAAAUCCUCUGCUACACCUCUAUCUGUUCUUCCAUCAAUAGGUUCCAUUGUUGGCUCUACUGACUUAAGGAAUAGAAAUUGUUCCAAAUCCAAUGGUACUAUACCUGCUCAAUUGACCAUUUUUUAUGGUGGUUCAGUAUGUGUUUAUGAUGACAUAUCUCCUGAGAAGGCUAAGGCUAUCAUGUUACUAGCUGGAAAUGGCACUAAAAAGCAGCCAGAAAUGUCUAUUCCUUCUAAAAAUGAUGGUUUCAUUAUAAGUCAAUCCUAUCCAUCACCAUUGCCAAGUCCUCUUCCAAUGGCUUCUCAUGCAAACUCUCAAACAAGGGGAGGAUCAAACAGCAACAAUGAAAUCACAAUUCUAAGAUCUUUAGGACCUUCAAAUGUCCCAAAUAAUCAUUUAGAAUCUUCUAUUGUUUCUACUUCUAAAGGACCUGCACCUAAAGAAAUGAUUCAAUCAGUAUGCUUGCCUCAAGCGCGAAAAGCAUCAUUGACUCGGUUUUUGGAGAAGCGAAAGGAAAGGGCAAUGAGCACAUCACCAUACUAUAUGAACAAGAAAUCACAUGAAAGCAGCACUCCUGGAUCAGAUAGCACAAGUUUCUCCAUUGAUUUUUCUGGUUCAAGUUCUCAACCAGCUACAAUCUUAAGAACAUCAUGUAUGGAAGUUUAG